GCUAGCUUAUUUUUCUAUCACAAAAACAAGGUUACCAUCAGUCACAAGCUAGCUUUGUGAAUCAAAUGGCUGCUUCAAAAAUUUCAGCAGUAUGGUUACUUUUGGCUCUUGUGAUUGCGAUGGCUAAUGGGCAGGGCUUGAAAGUAGGGUUUUAUGUGAAAACAUGCCCCAGUGUGGAGAGCAUAGUGAAGAAGACGAUAGACGAUGUCAUUGCUGUUUCACCUUCUCUCGGAGGCCCUCUUCUAAGAAUGCAUUUUCACGAUUGCUUUGUUAGGGGCUGUGAUGGUUCAGUGUUGUUAAACUCGACGCAAGAUAGUCAAGCUGAGAAGGAUUCAAUUCCCAAUCUAAGCCUAAGAGGGUAUCAGAUCAUCGAUAGAGCCAAGUCAGCUGUCGAAAAAGAAUGCCCUGAUGUUGUUUCCUGUGCUGAUAUAGUAGCCUUAGUCGCUCGAGAUGUCACUGUAGCGUUGAAAGGUCCGUCAUGGAACGUAGAAACAGGGCGGAGAGACGGAAGAGUGUCGAUCUCGAAUGAAGCUUUAACAAAUUUACCAUCUCCGUUUUCCAAUAUAACUACAUUGAUACAAGGCUGGCAACGAAAAGGUCUAACUCCGAAGGAUCUUGUUGUGUUAUCAGGUAGCCACACAAUCGGAACUUCGCACUGCCCUGCAUUCACCAACCGUCUUUACAAUUUCACUGGCAAGGGCGACACCGAUCCGAGUUUGGAUUCUAACUACAUUGCCGAACUGAAGAAAAAAUGCGCGCCGAACGAUCAGACCACACUGGUAGAGAUGGAUCCCGGGAGUUUCAAAACAUUUGACAAAAACUACUAUGCCCUGGUCAGGAAGAGAAGAGGACUUUUUCAAUCUGAUAGUGCCCUGCUUAACAGCUCCAAGACAAGGAUUUAUGUUAGGCAUCAAGCUGAGCACUUCAAGUCGAGUUUCUUCGAGGACUUCGGUAAUUCCAUGGUAAAAAUGGGAAGGAUUGAGGUGCUUACAGGAAGUGCAGGUGAAAUCAGGAAAGUCUGCGGUAGGGUUAACUAAUGUGAUUAAAUUGUACAGCUACAUGUGUGCGAUAUUUAUUUAUCAUUUUACGGUGUAAAUUCGAUUCCCCGGGUAUCUUCCAUUCUUUACUUUGCUUGUUUGUUGUAAUGCUGAUGUACGUUGCUUUGUUGUGAUAAUAAAAAGAAUUAACAUUUCGAGUUACAGUUUUUAA